AUGGCAGGCGACUUGUUCUUAUCGACACCCCUACUACUUCCCCUCGUCUUAAAUUUGAUAGGACCGGUGCUUGCUCAUGAACAUCACGGAGCAGACCUUACAGAAGAACAACUACAUGCCCCAGUUGAUGCCGUUCUCUGGAUCCAUAUCGCCCUCCAAGCUAUCGUAUGGGGUUUCAUAUUCCCAGUAGGUAUGGUCCUUGGACUUACGCGAAGUAGAUGGCAUGUUCCGGUACAAAGUCUCGCCUUCGCCCUGACUUUUGGUGGCAUAGUCCUCGGCCAUGCACAUGGCGGUCGACAGUUCCCUUCUUCUGUCCACUCUCAUAUCGGAUCAUGGAUUUUGGUCCCUAUCUUCGCCCAGUUGGGCCUUGGAAUUUAUCUCAAGCUUCAUAUUCAUGAACGUACCCUACGACCAUACGCUGUGCGCGCCCAUGGCAUCCUAGGACGUAUAUGGCCCAUCCUUGGUUGGGUUCAGGGCUUGUUUGGCGUUAUCACGCUAAGGGGAUUCUGCGGGGAGGUGGGAGCUGGACAAUGUGCUGCGCACUAUCUCAUGGGAAGUGGAUUCAUUGCCUAUGGCAUGAUAUUGGCACUUUUACUCGUUGUCGGGGACAACUGGGUUCGCCGCAGCGGCCGUAGUCCAGAAUGGUGGGAUUCCUGGGUGAUCAUGCUUUGGGGCAUAGUCAAUACAUUCACUGAGCAUCACGGUGGUGAAUGGAGUGUGAAAGAUAUGCAGCAUACGAUUCUUGGGCUACUCUGGUGGGCAGGGGGCGCUCUUGGCAUCUUCAUGUCUCGGAAUAAUCAGCGAAAUGUUGUUCCCGGCGUGAUCAUAAUAUUAACAGGAUGGGCUAUGUCAGACCAUGUCCAGGCUCUGAUGUUGUCCACGAAGGUUCACUCUAUGUUUGGAUAUUCGCUGAUGCUCGCCGGCUUUGCACGUGUCCUUGAGGUUUGUUUCAUACCGCUGCCAUCCUCACCCCUAUCGGAGAGACCUCCACUGGAUGAUAAUGAUUCAGAACACACCCUGGCACCCUCUGCGCCCAAAGAUACUGGUGUUGCCGCGAAACUGAAUGGCGUCCGGGCAUUCAGGCACUUGCCACCGUUUUUACUAGUUGCUUCUGGGUUACUUUUUAUGUCUGCUACGGACGAGGAGCUCGAAGCUGCUCACGAGGAAGGGAUAGAUCACGUCACAUAUGUACUGUCGAUGUAUAGCAUCGCGUUCCUGUUCUACCUCCUCACUGUCUUCUUGCUGCACCUUUACUCCACGUCUGGGCGGAAUGCGUCGUCUGCGCAGCAGCCCAAUGUUGUUUUUUCCGCUGAGGGCAUUGAGCUCUCAGACACGGAUGCAAGUAAGUGGUAUACGCCUCUAUCGAGGGAGGAAGGGACAUCGGCAGCAGCGCAUGUACUUGGAGAAGACGAAGAUGAUUGA